CGAAAUUUGGAGCAUGGAAAGGGUGGUCACCUGAUAUCUUACCCAUCAACCGGGUUCUUGCAGAAUAUGCAUAUUUAACCCAAUCCAAUAUAAGAUCCACAAAAAACUCAACAAACAUAUCCAUCAAAAUUACCCCUUCAUAUCUCUCCUAUACAUCGUUCUUUUCUUCACAAAAUGAUUGCCUGGUACUCGGCUUCCGCUGCAGCCGCCAAUAUGUCACAUCGAGUGGUCAUUGUCUGGCACCCUCAUCCUUCUGGUUUAUAGUCAGCCACUUAAAAUUAGUUAUAUACGGAGAAGCUGUUUUGCGGUGCCCACUAAACCAUCGACGCGCUUAUCGGUUUUUUGCGAGAACGCGGUUGAGAGGAAGCUUACACGAGUUCAGCAGCUAGUUGCUGGUGCAAAACCUUAGCCAGUCCCUGCAGAAUCGCCGGGUUGGAAAUGGCGUUCCCAAGGAGCCCUGCUUCCACCGUGAGCAGCUAUGCUUCUACUCCGACGCUGAGUAGCUGCCCCAGCUCCUCCAUCUCCACAGGCUGCAGCACCCCUGCCACCCCAAACCCCUUUGCCGUCGCGGCAAUAAGCCCCACCCCAAUCCAGCACAUAGUUCCAGCCGGACGUGCCGGUGAUCACAAGCCGGCGCUAGCAGCCACAGGAACUCCUGAAUUCACACAGGGAAAGAAGCUUCAGCAGCAUCAGGAUCUUCUGGAAUCAGCAGCGAAGUUCCCUAAGCAAGAAAACCCAGCACUAGCAAUCACAGGAGGUACGGAAUUCAUACAGGGAAAGACUCUUCAGCAGCAUCAGGAUCUCCUUGAAUCAGCAGCGAAGUUCCCUAAGCAAGAAAUCAAUGGCUGGGAGCAUCCAGACCUCUGUUCACCAUCAAAGCUGCUCAAGAACGUAAGUACUUCUAUCAAGGAGAUCGGUCGCUGGGCAAGAUCUUCAACGGGGUUAAAGGUGAACUCAAAUAUCCGGCUCUUGGAGUCGGUAUUUUCCUUGAUACAAGUGGUAACUUCGACAGCACCACACCCAGAUCACGUGGUUGCUAUGAUACGAGUCCACGAAGCGCUUGCUAACCUGUUGCUGGUCCUGCCCAAGAAUAUAUUCCCUUUCCUGUUGCAACAUUUCGCUCAGUUUGUAGAUGAGUUAUGCCCGAAAAGAGGUGCAUCACUAUCAGAAAGGUUUGGAAACGCACUGCAUGAUUUGCGAAGAAGCAUAAGGAGGGGCCUUCGAGUACUCAAAGACAUGAUCUUUUACUAUAAAUCUGACGUAGUCCCCCAAGGUGGCGGUAUCCAUGAGAUCACCAGAUACUUGUUAAAAUACAUCAUGUCACUUCUGGACAAUGGCACCUCUCUCAAGAUCAUACUUGUUGGUGAUGAACAGGAUGACAAGGUUGCAAUGGAGACGCUGCAAGAUACUGUUGCUACCUUGAUCUCUCACAUGGAAAUUAUGCUUGAGAAAGAAUCUCAUCGAUAUAAAGAUGCAGGGUUGAAACAAAUGUUCAUGGUGAAUAAUGUGAACUUUUUGUUGCAUCAAGUAGAAGGCUCAGAGAUAAGGAAUCUUCUAGGAGAUGAUUGGGUUCUGAAGCACCGAGACCAACUAAAGGACCACAUCUCAUCGUUCAUCAACAUUUCUUGGGAAUCUGUCAUGUAUUGCUUCCAUGUAAAGACCAACAAAAUCCCAAUCUUUUCUAGCCUACCAACACUGCAAAUAUUUAACAUGGAAUUUGAGAAAACUUACUGGACUCAGAAGACAUGGAAAGUUGAAAAUCCUCUGCUCCGGUCCAACAUGCGUAAAUCAGUAUCAGAGAAGCUUGUUCAGGCUUACAGUGCAUACCUUGAGAAUCACAAAAACAAGUAUCAAAGGCUUAUGAAGUACACCAUCGAAGAUCUUGAAGAGCUGCUGUCAGAUCUGUUUGAAGGAUAAUGGUCAUAGCUAGAAAGAGGACGAAGCGCAGAUGCAUGUUAAAAAUACUAGUGCAACACGUCUGAAGGAUAAAUAAUCCCUUGAGCUAGGAUGAAGAUCAGAAGCAUGCCCCCAAAGCUUGUGGAGUAAAUAUCGAACUGUAACUGGCAUAUCCUUGAUAUGUUAGGAUUGAACUGUACCUGAGAUUUUGCAGACCAGAAGGUACAUAUAACUUUAUUGCCACCUCUGCUCCAAAAUAGAUGCCACUUGGACAAUGACAUGGUUCAAAGUAUAUACCUAUGAGACUUUGCUAUUUUUGACU